AUGUUCCAAACUUCUGAUAGCCUGUAUGCCUCUCUUAUGUUCGGUAUCAUUGGCGCAGUUGGUGGGCUGCUGAUUCUGAUACGGGCCUGGAAAGGCCACCAGCUUCAAAAUCCUGACUUUCCGCUGAUUGGAACCACCGAGAAAGAUGGAUCCUACGCGAAAGCAGCCGAAAGUUUCGCAAAAGACUCGCACGCAGUUCUUUGUGAAGGACUAAAGAGGUGUAAGGGCGCCUUUCGCGUGGUUACAGCUACGGGACCAAAAAUCGUGCUUCCACCAAGAUAUCUUGAGGACAUUAAAAGUGAUGAUCGAUUCAGCUUUGCGCAUGAGAUGGCAAAGCAAUCCUUGUCUCAUUUACCUGGUUUUGAAGCAUUUGCCACUCCUCUCCAUAAUAAUAUUUUCCAGGAUACAAUCAAAAUUAAAAUUACUCAGUCACUUGGCGCAAUCACAGAAUUGCUCUCAGAAGAGACCUCCCUGUCGCUGAAGCAGCUAAUCGGGGACUCUCCGGAGUGGAAAGAAUGUUAUCUCGGUAAAACCGUACUGGAUCUCACCACCCGACUAUCCACGCGCGUCUUUCUCGGCGAGAAGUUGUCGCGGGACCAAAACUGGUUGAAUCUAUCCCUGGCGUACACAAUGACAGCCAUGAAUGCCGCUCAGACUCUCCUCAAAUGGCCUUCUAUCUUACAGCGCCUUGCGAACCGGUUCCUGCCCGAGUGCAUUCAGCAACGAGCCAUGCUACAGUCGAUCCGAGAUGUCUUGGAGCCGGAAAUCAACAAGCGAAAGAAAACGAAAAUGGCAGCGUUGAGAGCCGGUGAAAAGGCCCCGUCGAGCAAGGAUACGCUAGACUGGAUGGACGAAAUCGCACGGGGAAGACCGUUUGACUUGGUAUUUGGGCAGCUGCAGCUCGGAUUUGUGGCCAUCCAUACGACUUCAAUGUUGUUGACAGAUGUGCUGUUGGAUAUUUGCGCGCACCCAGAGUACAUUCCACGUCUCAGAGAAGAGGUGUUCCAAGUGCUACGUGAGGAUGGGUGGAAGAAGACAUCUAUGUAUAAGCUCAAGCGAGUAGAUAGCUUCAUCAAGGAAACGCUCCGAUUAAGCCCACAAAGUAUGAUCACGGCGCGACGCAUGACGACAGAGAUGGUAGUAUUACCAGACGGCACCAAGAUACCCAAGGGCACCAGUUUCAUGGUCCCAACCAGAACGGUAAUGCUCGACCCUCAAGUCUACCCAGACCCAGACCGUUUCGAUGGCGAACGUUUCUUCCGACAGCGAUUCGAGAAUGAAACGAGGGCACAACUUGUCACCGCCAGCAUCGACUAUCUGGGAUUUGGAUACGGGAAGCAUGCUUGUCCGGGGCGGUUCUUGGCUGCGAACGAAAUUAAGGUGGCACUGUGUCAUUUGCUAUUGAAGUAUGACUUUAAAUUUGUUGAUGGAGGGAGCCGGCCCGAGCCUUUGGUAUGGGAGACUGCAUACUUGGCCAAUCCUGCGGUUAAGGUGAUGGUUCGACGGAGGCAGGAGGAACUCUGCCUUUGA